AUGGCUGGCAUGCGAGGCUAUGAUAAGCUCGCGCAUCUGAUGAGCCACUAUCCAGAAUACGGCAUCGUCCGCCGAUUCCGCGAGCUGAACUACAGAAAUAUCCUCUAUCUCCAAGCCGAGUUAGUGCAGCUUGAGGCAGAGCUGCAAAGCGCAACGACGGCAGACGCCCAAUCCCGGGAUCCUCUCCGUCAACAUUAUGGCAACCACUUUCCCCUUCUGAGCGCCUCUCUGGGAGCCGGCCACGACGUGCAAUGGACCACAAUGCUCGAAAUCCGGAGUAAGCUGGAAAAGUACAGUGAGCCUAACGUCACCCUGCCUCUUCAUGCUCCAAAGAGCAUCCACUUCCCAGGAGUGGACCAAAAGGCACUCGGCGAACUGGGUAGACCAGCAAAGCACAACCUCACCUUCCUCCGAAGCUGGUUUGAGCGGCGACACAUGGGCAACCGCCCGAUCAUCAGCAGCGACAGACAUGUCUGGGACGUGGAGAAAGAGCAUGACCUCGUCGUUCUCGAGCCCGCAGGAUUCGCAGACGCUCUGAGCGACUGGAUCUCAGGCCACUGUGUGCCCCUUUACCAUCGAACCAUCGGUAAACACCACAAAGCCACCGUCGACUGGGACCCCGCAUCGGAGAUGUCGUGGUAUUCCUCGUCUGGAAUCCAAGCGGCCGUCGAUGUCGUCGCGACCAUUAUCUCCUGCCUUUUCCCCGUUGGAGCCACCGUCGUUUUGUACUUUGUGCAGAGCAUGGGCGCGCGUUUGGGAGCCUUGGCCGCCUUCACCGCCGUUUUCGCCUUCUGCCUGGCACUCUUGACGAACGCAAAGCGCGUGGAGAUCUUUGCGGCCACGACAGCUUUUGCAGCCGUUCAAGUCGUGUUCAUCGGGACAAAUUCUGCGAACCCAGGAGGUUAUGGUUGA